CGAUGUGUCGGCGGCGGAGGCAACAAGCCCGCUUGCCGCCGGCGCGGAAGAAGCGCUGGGCAUCUCGAAAUGGAGGCGCGUCACCGUCAUCGUGACGCUCGCGGGCAUCAGCUUCCUCAACACCAUGGGCUCCGGCAUCCUCAUCGCCGCCCUGCCCCGCAUCGCCGACGACGUGGGGCUCUCCGAGGCGCUGAUCCUCUGGCCGGCCGCCGUCUACGCCCUGGCCGCGGGCUGCCUGCUCCUCGUCUUCGGGGCCGUGGCCGACGUCGUCGGCGCCAAGCUCAUGUGGCUGACGGGCAGCUACCUGUUCGUCGCCUUCACGCUGGGCGUCGGGCUCGCGCGGACGGGGCUCCAGAUCAUCAUCUUCCGGACGCUGCUCGGCGCCGCCAUCGCCAUGUGCCUGCCCACGGCCGUGGGACUCAUCUCGAACACCUUCCCGCGCGGGCCCUGGCGCAACAUCGCCUUCGCCAUGAACGGCAUGGGCAGCCCGCUGGGGUACGCGCUCGGGCUCGUCCUCGGCGGCGUGUUUGCCGACACCAUCGGCUGGCGGUGGGCGUACUACAUGAUGGCCAUGAUCAACGUCUGCCUCUCGACGUGCGCCAUCUGGUCGCUGCCGCCUGUGCGGGUCUCGUCGGAGCGCAGGUGGGCGGCUCGCCUCGCUCAUGAUAUUGACUGGGUUGGCGCCGUCAUCAUGAGCGCCGCGCUCGGUAUGCUGCUCUACGUCCUGGCCAUGACGUCGUCUUCGUACAAGAAGCUAAGCGACGCCGCCAACAUUGCCACGCUGAGCGUGUCCCUCGUCCUGCUGGCCAGCUUCCCGUUCUGGAUGGAUUACCAGACGAGGCGUGGCAGGCCUGCCCUGAUUCCGAACAGCCUUUGGCGGAACUGGUCGUUUACGUCGGUGUGCAUCGCCGUCUUCUUUUGCUGGGCGUCGCUCAACGGCAUCGAGUACUUUACGACCCUGUACUUCCAGAAAGUCGAGGGACUGUCGGCGCUGCAAAGCUCCCUGCGAUUCCUGCCGCACGUCAUCAUGGGCACGGCGGUCAACAUCAUCACGGGCCUGCUCAUCUCGCGGGUCAAGGUGCGCACCCUGGUGCUCGUCUCGGCGCUCAUCAGCAUGGUGGCACCGCCGCUCAUGGCGACCAUCGACGUGGGCGAGAACUACUGGCUCGCGCCUUUCUGGGCCAUGUUUCUGUCGCCAGUGAACCCAGACGUGCUAUUCACCGUGUCGAAUCUCGUAAUAUCGGACGCGUACCCCCCGGAGAUGCAGUCGCUGGCCGGCGGCGUCUUCAACGAGGUUGGGCAGUUUGGCAACUCGGUCGGACUCGCCAUUACUGCGGCCAUUGCGGCGUCGGUCACGGAGCACACCGAGGCGGAGGCCGUGGACACGCUCAUGAAGGGGUACCGGGCGGCGUUUUGGACCAUCUUCUCGAGCUGCGCCGUUGUUGCGGUCGUCGCGUGGUUUGGACUGAGAAAGGGGGGUAUCGUAGGCCAGAAGAGAGAUUAA